AUGGAUUAUGAAGAUUAUCCAAACAUUGAUGUGAAAGACUUUUUCCCAUGUCGCGAUGACGAUUCCCAAGAGAAAUAUAUUAAACAAACACUUUUGCACUCACCUAUUUUCACGAACAUUAUCCCCGGCUUCAAAGUUAACUUAUCGAAGCCAUUCAGAGGCAUUAUCAGCAGUUCCUUUAAUGAUGAAGCUGAUCAAUAUCUUGGGCAACAGGAAGAAGAUUCGCAGCGAGACAUCUUUAGCGAUGACGAGGAUGAAUUGUUACUUGACUUAGCACCAGUGAGUAAAGCUCCAUCGAUGUCACCAUUAUCAGAGAUGAUACGUGAUGAAAUUGUGUCUAUCAAAAUUAUUAUCAAAUUGACGUCAUUGGUCAUUGAUGAUGUCGAGUACCACCUUAAUGCUCCGGUAAGAUCAUCUUGUCGCGUAUCAUCUGAAGAACACGAUGAGGAUUCAUUACUCUUGUCUUUAAAAUCGGGGUUUUUGUUGCUAAUUAGAAUAUUUUACGUACCGAGAGAUCUGACCAAGAGGGUUGCUGGAAUUGUACUGAAUGAUAAUUUGAAGGAAUAUGUUUUUGAGCCUUAUAUAGUCCAGUGGUGGGAUACAUCAAGCAGGCUAUCUAUUCCUUCGUUAGAAUCUUCUGGGCACUCCUUAAGUUGUCACAGCUCCGGUAGAUAUGUAAUUUCAUGCUCAGCUAAUGGACUUUUUAGAAUAUAUCCAACUCAAAUGACAAAUAAUGGAAUGGUUUUCCAACCCCAUAUUAACGUCCCCCUCAAUGGGUUUAUUUUACAUUCAUGUUUUGCCAAACCAUUAAAAGAAAGCAUAUUUGAACUGCAUUAUAUUUUCAUGACUUUAGUAUUCACAAAUCAUAAACGGUUAGAAAUUAAUUUAUUUGAUUGGUUUUCGGACAACGUGCAACAUGAUAUGACCAAGACGACGCUUCCUCUUGAUAACUCAUUUCAUAUCCCAAUUUUUGUCAUCCCAGUCAAAUCUCUCAAUGGGUUUUUAUUUAUUUAUGAGCAUGAGUUUAUUAUUAUCAGCAUACACAAUAUAGUAUCGGCUGAAUAUGAAUUCAGAUACGUUCCUUUCUCAGGAGCGUUUCCUACUACGUAUUACGUUCCAGAAACAAGCAUAUUGAAAUCAAACGAGAGUGACGAAGAGGUAGUAAUAGCUACAGAUAACGGAACAAUAUAUUCUUUGAUCGUAAAGGAUACUAAUGAUGUUUCAAUUGUUCCAAUAAUACGCAUAGCCGACUCUAUAUCUGUAUUCAGCUUGGAAAAGGAUAAAUCUGGAUUCCUUUUGAACUUCGGGAGUGACACAGGAUCUAAUAGGGUUCUUAACAUCAAUGGUUUAUUUUGUGAGGAUGAUUUGAGGGACUCAGAGGGCUCUAAACAAAAAUUAGGCUACAGCAGUGUCCUGCUUAUUCAUGAUUACAGAAAUUGGAGUCCUGUCAUUGAUAUACAAAUAAUUGACACCUACAAGCAGAGAACUUUAAGCAACCAUUCGGAUCAAGAGUUAUGGACUUUAACAGGGACUGGAAAACGUACAAGACUAACACAUCUAAGAAACGGAUAUUUUGCAUCACGUAAGAGUAGAACAUUUGAAAGCUUAAGAAGGGCUUUAAAAACUCAAGUAAUUGAAUAUAAUAACAAAACAUAUUUAUUUGCCACUCUUCCAUUACUGACUGUGGUUCUUGAAUAUCAACAUGAUGAAGUGGAAGAGUUCGCUGAAAUAGAAGAUCCUCUUAUUAUUUCGAAUGCUCCAACAAUCUUGAUAUCUAAACUUCCUACUCCAGAAGAAAUAUUUAUUCAAGUGGUCGAUAGUGCAUUAUUUUUGACUAACCUUUCAAAUGCACUGAUUGCCUUAGAAUUUCACGAUAAAAGGGUAUUGGAUUGUGAUGCUGAUAAUGAACUACUCCUUAUAGUUUCCGAAACACUUGCUGUUCACUCCCAUAGAAUAAUUGAACUUUACAAAUUAAAUGCCAAAAUUGAUUGGAAUAAAAGUUUCAAAGAAUGCAAUGCCUUGACCAUGUUACAAACAGAGAUGAUCGACUAUCAACCAUCCGUAGUUCGAUUUUUUCAGAUCAAGAACGAAAAGUACUUUACUGUUGGUAGCUUUGAUGGUUGGCUAUAUGUCUACGCAGUUGGUGCUAACUUUUUCAGGUUGAUACAUGAAUUAUCGUUGUAUCACCUAUUAAAGGAAAAAGGCUUUGAUAGCCAGAGCUUAGUUGCCAAUGACAUUGUGCUUCUAGAAAAUUCACUUCAUGUUGGAACAAGAGAUGGAUUUUCCAUUCAAUUGAAAUGGAAUUCGAAGAAUGAAAUCUUUUGCGACAAGAUACUUCAAGUCGGAGACACGUCCGUGAACUACUGUGUUAUUCCUAAUUAUGAAAAAUGCAUGUUGAUUUAUUCGAGAACCCUCUGGUUGCUAAAUCUCUAUGAUUCUGCAUUUCCUUAUAGAGUGUUUUUUGACGAGAAGCACGAUAGAGCAAUAUCAACGGUAGCUCCUUUACCAAACAUAUCAAAAUUGAAAAGUAAUCCUAGCUUUGCAUUUGUCCGAGAAGAAGGAUUGUUGACAGGUUCCAUUUUUACUCACAAAAAGCCCUGCGUGAAGCAGAUAAAUCUAUCUGAGCCCGCAAAGAAGUUCCUCUAUAUGCCACACACAUUCAUGUUCUUAGUACUUUGUCCCUCGAAGGAAUGUAACUCACGAUUGAAAUUUGUCGAUCGAAAGUUAUUCAAGAUAUUACCACAUGAAGAAUAUAACUCUAAGGCUAUCUUCGAGCACAUAUUCAAAAAAAAUGAAAUCCCAACCGCAUUGUGCAUCUGGUUGAUUAGAAGAAGUGGUCGCGUUUCGCAAAAGCUAUUGGUUGGAACAUCAAUUGAUAGUAGCAGAGGGUCAAUAAAAAUCUUGGAUGUAAAUCGGUCCCAUUCUACGGAUAAUGAGGUCAUUAAAGUUACAGAGCUAACAUCAUUUGAUCACGGAGAUCCAGUAUCUUGCAUCCAACAAGUUGAAUCCAACAUUGUGUUUUCUAGUGGAAAAUCGAUAUAUUCCACCAGUUAUAAUAUGAACGAGAGGAGAAUGCGUCCUAUUUCAAACUUGAUCACCCUUUCAAGUGAUAUUACGUCACUUAUUGUUGAGAAGCCGAACAAGUUGUUGGUUACUACAAAAUUAGAUUCAAUUUAUCAGUUCUUGUAUAUGCUGACGAGUACUGAAGAAAAUUCAGAAUCUUUAAAAUUGAUUGCAAAUGAUCCCUUAUCAAAAAGUCUAGUUAACCAAGCGAACAUUAAAAAGAAGGUCGUAGUAGGUGAGAAGUUGAAUUCUUCAAUACUCAUUAUGAACUUAAACGACUGGGGAUUUCCAAGCCAAUUUUCAUACAAGAUGUCAGCAAUUCCUAGAGUGUAUGCAUCUAGAUUUAACAGUCGAUGGGCAAUACGGGGCGAUAGUGAGGAGACAGAUGAACCCUCAAAUAUUUUGAGUGUUGGAGUCAACGGAGAAGUAGUUUCAUUUAGACUUAUAUCAGAAAAUAGCAUCGAGCUUCAAUCUUUAAUGCAGAAGCUUAAUGAUGGAAUGAAGUUCAAAGAGCUGUUAGAUGUUGCUCUCAAUAAGUAUGAUGAUCCAUUUAUAGAUAAAGUCACUGGAAAAGGAUUAAUUGGUUUAAAUAAGCCAUACUUCGAUUUUAAGGACAACAAAGAAAAAAAGGGCGUAGUAAUAGACUACGACAUAGAAGAAUUUUCAAGAGCCAGCAUGUCAAAUAUUUGCAUUUAA